UUGUGUUUGAUUACACAUAAAAGGUACAUUUAUAAUCUAUACUGUAAUACAAGCAAAACCAUUAUGGAAGUUAUUGUGCAAGAACACUUCGAAAAAAUGUAUGAAUUCUAUGAGAACAAAGAAUUUUGUGAUAUAGUCUUGGUUACCGAUGAAGGCUUAAAAAUAGAAGCACACAGAAAUAUAUUGGCCUCUGCGAGUCAUGUAUUUUAUAGAAUGUUCAGUGAUUAUUUUAAAGAAAGAAACGAAAAAGAGAUUCAUAUAAAAGAAAUAGAUUCUGAAGUUUUAGAAUUAUUUGUCAAAUAUGCAUAUACUUGUAAAUUGGAUGUUAAAGAAAAAAAUUGCGAGAAACUGUUGAUGGCUGCUGAUAUGUAUCGUCUAAAAUAUAUAGAAGAGUUAUGUUUUGAUUAUAUUAAAGAAAAUAUAAACCCUACAAACUGUUUGAGUUUUAUGAAAACUUCAAAAGUAAUAUCAGACAAAAAGAUUUACAAUUUUUGUUGGUCAUAUGUUUUAACCCAUUUCACUACAAUUGUGAAUUCGGAUCAAGCAUUAGAAACACUUUAUGACUAUGAGUUGGAUGAUGUUGUCGAGUUUAUUGCACGUGAUGAUUUAGCAAUUGAUUCUGAGGAAAAGAUAUUUGAUUUUAUCAUUGGUUGGAUACGCUAUAACGAAGAUGAACGUAAUGAUUUGUUACCGAUUCUUAUGAAAUAUUUACGUUUGCCUUUAAUUUCAAAAAAAGGACUACAAAGGAUUUAUAACGAACCAUUAGUGGUAAAUAAUAAUGACGUUAAGACAAGCAUGUUACAUAACAUGAUUACUACUUACAACAGCUCAAAACCAUCACAUACUCUUGGAAGAUGUACUCAAACUGAUUCGUCAAAUACACAUAAAAGGUACAUUUAUAAUCUAUACUGUAAUACAAGCAAAACUAUUAUGGAAGUUAUUAUGCAAGAACACUUCGAAAAAAUGUAUGAAUUCUAUGAGAACAAAGAAUUUUGUGAUAUAAUCUUGGUUACCGAUGAAGGCUUAAAAAUAGAAGCACACAGAAAUAUAUUGGCCUCUGCGAGUCAUGUAUUUUAUAGAAUGUUCAGUGAUUAUUUGAGAGAAAGAAACGAAAAAGAGAUUCAUAUAAAAGAAAUAGAUUCUGAAAUUUUAGAAUUAUUUGUCAAAUAUGCAUAUACUUGUAAAUUGGAUAUUAAAGAAAAAAAUUGUGAGAAACUUUUGAUGGCUGCUGAUAUGUAUCGUCUAAAAUAUACAGAAGAGUUAUGUUUUGAUUAUAUUAAAGAAAAUAUAAAUCCUACAAACUGUUUGAGUUUUAUGAAAACUUCAAAAGUAAUACCAGACAAAAAGAUUUACAAUUUUUGUUGGUCAUAUGUUUUAACCCAUUUCACUACAAUUGUGAAUUCGGAUCAAGCAUUAGAAACACUUUAUGGCUAUGAGUUGUAUGAUGUUGUCGAGUUUAUUGCACGUGAUGAUUUAGCAAUUGAUUCCGAGGAAAAGAUAUUUGAUUUUAUCAUUGGUUGGAUACGCUAUAACGAAGAUGAACGUAAUGAUUUGUUACCGAUUCUUAUGAAAUAUUUACGUUUGCCUUUAAUUUCAAAAGAAGGACUACAAAGGAUUUAUAACGAACCAUUAGUGGUAAAUAAUAAUGACGUUAAGACAAGCAUGUUACAUAACAUGAUUACUUACAACAGCUCAAAACCAUCAUAUACUCUUGGAAGAUGUAGUCAAAUUGAUUCGUCAAAUAUUAUUUUUGGAAUUGCUGGUGAUCCUGACCUGUUUUGUUACUAUGUGUAUUAUAUGGAUAUAAGAAACUAUUAUCAAUUAAAAUGGAAACCAAGCAAACAAAAAUUUUUUUUUCCUCGCCGCUUUUUCUCAACGGUGGUAGUCUCCGAUAACGGGAUAAUACUUGCCAUUGGUGGUGAUAUUAAGGGUCGCGGUUAUGUCAACCUUGUUGACGAGCUUGAUCUUAAGUCAAAAUCAAAACAAUGGGUUUCUACAAGGACAUUGAAACAACCACGAACAAGUUUUGCUGUUUGUACAUACAAGCAGUACAUAUAUGUCGUUGGAGGCCAAGAUAUCUCAUCUAACCGCUUAUUGAAUUCUGUAGAAUACUAUAAUACAAACUCAAAAGUAUGGACCGAAAUUACUGAACCGAUGCCCACUGCUCGAAUCCAGUGCAGUGCUACAAUAUUUAAAAAUAAAUUAUAUGUUUUUGGUGGUUGUGAGAAUAUUAUAUAUCUUGACACUGUAGAGUGUUAUGAUUUUGAAAUGAAACAUUGGGAAAAACUCGAUCCUAUGCCGAUAUGUAAUUUUGACAUGGGUGUGUCAAGAAGAGACAACGUCGUUUAUCUCAUUGGUGGUGGUGCUGCACCUCAACGAAUUUUUAAAUUCGAUUUACAAAAUUUCAAAUGGGAUGAAAUGCCUAAAAUGAACAUGAAUUAUAGUGGAUAUUGCUCAAUUGUUGUUUUCAUGAAAAACGACUUAUUCGUGUUUGGGAAUAUUAAUGGAGAACUUCAUUGUGAAAAAUAUGACAGAGGAAAAAUGCAAUGGCAAUUGGUUGACAGGAUCGGUGGUUCAUGGUUAAUAUUAGGUUAUAUAUUUCCAUUCAAUAAUAUUACUCUUAAAUCCUAUGGUAUUCAAUUAUAAUACUAUUUUUUUUAAUAAUAACAUAUUGUGAAUUCAAUUUAGUCUUAAAAUGAUUUACACAUUUUUUUGUUGAUGAUAUAUUUGUAUUUGGUUAUACUUUGGUAGAAAUUCAUUGUAAAUAUAUUACACAAAGAAAACAUGGCAUCUGGUUGCCAGGGCAGAAGAGACAUCAAACGUUUUUGUUACUAUUUUGCUUUUAAUGUUGUUACUCUGAAAUCAUAUUAUAUUGUGUUCACUUAUAAUUUUACUAUUUAUUAAUUAAAUGCUGUGAGUAAAAAUUAGUUUUAAAAUUAUUUAUUUUUUUGGCCUUUAAUUUCAAUUGCAAACUAAAUUUUAUUUGUGUAACGUUAGUGGUUGCAAAUAUGUUGGAACAGGUGGAGGGAAAUCCCUUGGUUAGCUUCUGCUGUGUAGUACCUCUAAUUAUUCAGUUUUAAUUAUAAAUUAACUAGAAGAUACAAAAGAAAGUUAUAUUUUUCAUCAUUUUAUAGUAAAUAACAUUUGUGCAAAUAUCACUUACCUAC